AAAACCAAUCCACAUAUGAUAUUAAUUGCUUUUCUCUGAUUUUAGUGCUCGAGGUUGUAACAGAACAAAGAGGUGGAGAUUUAGAAAAUUUGCACACAGUCUGUUAUGAUAAAUACAAAAAGUUUGAACGGCCCAGUAACGAAAAUGAAUCUACUAAUUACAAGCAAGAAUGUGAAACAGAUGCUACGUUCGAAAUAUCAAAAAAAUCGACAUGGCAAGAGCAAAAGAUUUUAUUUUUAAGAGCCCUAAUCUGUAUCAAGCGAGAUCCUCAAUUGACAAAAUUAAGAUUAAGUGCACACGCUAUUAACGGGGUGUUAUUAGGAGCAGUUUUCUAUAAUUUCGGCAACGAUGCGGAAAAAGUGUUUGGCAAUAUUGCUUGUUUCUUUUUCUUUAUGUUAUUUUUAUUCUUCGCAAAUGCCAUGCCAACAGUGCAAAUGUUUCCUACAGAAGCGUCGGUAUUCCUACAGGAACAUUUAAAUAACUGGUAUUCUAUGAGAUCUUAUUAUAGUGUAAAAAUACUUGCGGAUCUACCGUUGCAGAUAUUGUGUACCUCAUCCUUCCUAUUUACAGCAUAUUAUAUGACGGGGCAGCCAAUGGAAUAUGUUAGAAUUCUACAGAUGUGGAGCGUGUGUCUGUUAAUUACAAUUCUUGGACAAGCGAUCGGAGUAUUCGUAAGCGUAAUUGUUGGCAGUGAGUUAGGUUUGUUUCUGAUACCGGCAAGCAGUAUACCAUUGCUGCUCUUCGCCGGAUAUUUCGUGAAAUUAAAGGACUUAGCGGCAUGCUUACAGCCUUUAACCUUUAUAAGCUUCUUCAGGUACAGACAAUUUGUAUACCACACAGUGAUAAAA